AUGGACCCAAACGACAGUAAAAGCGCGGACCCGUUAGCCGACUCAACAAGUGAAAGACAGGAAAACGCGGCAGCAGGGAUCGAAACGCAGGAUGAAAACAACCCAAAGAAGAUAGAUGAAGAAGAAAAAAUUGCAGGCGUAGAAGCAAAUGAAAAUGCCCCAACUGCUGCCAAUGAUGUUGUAAAUGACACAAAGGCGGGGGUGACGGACUUUGAUACUUCGAAUAAGGACAACAACUGCGGCAUGGAUGCUACUAUCAACGCGACCGAGGCGAACAGCCAAAAUGUUUCAAAGGGAAACUCGAUCGAAAAACUGACGGAAAAUGGGGAAAUCAGAGAGGGUGAUAAUGGCCUGAAUGUGGAAGACGCGUCCAAAUUGGUCAAAGAAGGAGAUGAACACGUGAACAAAAAGGAGGCUUUAAAAGAGGGGGAGCAAGAGGCUAGAAAGGAGGCUGAGAAGGAGCACGAAAAAGAGAACUUUGCAAGUAGCGAAGUCAAACCGCUUGAGGGAGCUCCAAUGAGCAAACACCCGGAUAUUACCUUUUCCCCCAAAGCGCCCCCCACAUUUAGCAACAGCGCGCCGUUAUACAUCGAAGUGUCAGGCCUUCUGCAGGUCCUUAACGCUCAGGAUUUUGCCAAAAACAUGAGUAUGGAAAGUUUAAAUUUAGGAAAAAAAAACGAAAAUAUACCCAUCAGCAAGCGCUCACUUAGUGUACCACACAAAGGAGUUUCGAAGGGCAUUCCAAAGGACAUUAACAAGCAAAGCAGUAAAGGAAGUAAUACUGCUGCUCAGAAGUUUCCAGGGCUGCCCAAAUCAGCAGAUCUGAUAAAAAGACCCCCUCUGCCAAUUAAGUCGCCCAUAAUAAAUCCACCAAUUACAUUGAACAAAAGUAACCUCAUUAAGGAGGGAAUUACGGGGAAGGCGUUAGACACUGGUAAAGGAAAAAGCAUUUUUCGAAAUUUACCAAAGAAAAUCCCUUCACCGGAAGUAGUAAAGAUAAAGCCCAAAGCAAUGAUUAAAACGAAUUUUGUCCUAUCCAAAGAAAUUAGCAAAGAGGAAAAAGGGAAAGAGAUGCUGCCAAAAGAAAAAAUAUCCUUGAAAAUUCCUCCAAAAGUGCUACCCUUUCUGAUUAAAGAGAAAAAUGUUAAGCACAAGGCACCUCCCAAGGGUAACAUAAAACACACGUUGCAUUAUCUUAAGAGAGCUGCAGAGAUAGGAAGCAAAGGAGUUGAUGAAUCUGCGACGGAAAGGAAAGAAGUUCCAAGUGGGGCCACUAGUCACACAAGAAAGAGCUCACUAAUUACUCGAAAAUUUAUAGAAAAGCCCAAAAAUACACAAAAAAGUAGCCCCGUAAAGAUGGAAGCUGUGAAAAGAGGAAAAGCAAUUUUAGACACAAAGAAAAUUUUAGCCAAAAAACCCAUUUCCAAGUUGGUAAGCGAAUCGAAGACAAGGGAAAAGGAUAGAAAGAAAAAGGUUCUGGUUAAGAGUAUACAAGAGAAAGAGGCACAUCCGUCGGAGGCUCCUCUGGACACCGGUGCCCCUAAAUUAGACUCCACUGCAGAUGCAGAUAUUGAGAACAGUCCCCAAAAGGAAGAAAAACCGACCGAGGUAGGGGACCAAACGAACAAUGAACAGAGAAACGUAAAUGAAGAUACCAAGGAAGAACCUCCCCAGGUAGAUAAGGAAGAGGUCGUAGUAGUUGAUACGGAACACAUAAUAGAGAGGGAAAAAACGUUAGAAGAAAAAAAUGAAUCCGAAAUGGAAAAAUAUGGGAAAGACAUGUACGACUUGACGAGAAGCGAAACGGAGAGGCCGGAAAGGGCAGUUGAAGUGGGGGGGGAAAUCGUGGGGGUAGAACGGGUAAAAAAAGUGGACGAUGGGGAUGAGCACGCCGAUGCGAGUGGCGAUAACGACUUGGAUGCAGGGAAGGGAGAAAAAAAAGGGGAGAAAGAGGAAAAAGAGGAAAAAGAAGAUAAAGCCGAAAAGGCGGAUGGUGAAGAACAAGGUGGAAAUUCGGCUGGUAGCCAAAAGGGGGUAGGGCCGGCAGAGUUGGAAGGGGGAGAGAAGGGAGACGAAAAGAUCCAACCAGUGGAAGAGAAGGGAGACGAAACGGCCCAACCAGCGGAAGAGAAGGGCGAAGAAAAGACCCAACCAGCGGAACCGGCGCAACCAGAAUCAGACGAGAAAAAGAAGGGGCUCGAAAAACUGAACGAAGCGAGGGAGGCAAAAAAAACAAAAUUCGAGGUAAAGAAAGGCGCGGACCAGAAGAUAAGCAAAAAGGCACCUAAAAGAGGCGAUAACGCAUCGGUAAAGAAGGAUGAGAGUGGGGCGCCGCUAACCAUGAAGGCAAUUGGAAAGGCGCCUCCAACCAUGAAGGCAAUUGGAAAGGCGCCUCUAACCAUGAAGGCAAUUGGAAAGGCGCCGCUCACCAUGAAGACUAUUGGUAAGGCGCCACUCACCAUGAAGACUAUUGGGAAGGCGCCGCUCACCAUGAAGACUAUUGGGAAGGCGCCGCUCACCAUGAAGACUAUUGGAAAAGCUCCGCUCACCAUGAAGACUAUUGGGAAGGCACCUCUAACAGUGAAGCAAAGCGCAAAGCCUGAAUUGGUCCUAAAACACAAGGCAACGAUGAAAGGCAGCCCAACGUUACUAAAAUUAAAGACAGAUAUCUCAGGCAACGUAAAAGAAAAAAAGAGCGUAAAAAAUGAAAAAAGCAGCGACCCGAUAAAAAGUGCAACUAGCAAAAAUUCUCCCCAAAGAAAGAGCACUCUCUUUUUGAAGAAAGUUAGCGCUUUUAAGAAAGCUACAUUGAGCAAAAAUUCUUUGAAAGAUGUGGAUGCAGAAAAGAAGAAGCUUCUAAAAAAGCUAGAUACAUCUAUGAGUGAUAAAAAUGGGAAGAUAGAUGCAGAAAAUGAUUCCAUUUCCAUGCCAAGUAAAAGUGUGUCCAAGAAAGUUUCUUCUACAUCUAUUAAAAACGCCUUGUCCAUUUUUAAGAAAAAAACGUUGAGUAAGUCCAAGACAGACAGCAUUCAUGAAAUCAUGUCGAGUGGAGGCAACCACAACGAAAUCGUGUCAUCCAAGUCAGAAAAUAUUCACAACGUGUUGGAGCAAAAGAAGGAGGAGAACAGAGAAGCGGAAGCAGAUGAGUUAUUUACAAAAAAGUUGCUAAGUUCGAAGGAUCUAAGAGCGGGUGAAAAAUCGAGCUCCUCCGAUGAGAAGAGCGGUCAUCAAAAUGAAAACCAAAACCAAAAUCAAAAUCAAAAUCAAAAUCAAAAUGCGAAGGAAUCUGCUCCUCCCAUGGGGAAGAACGAAGAAGUCGUCGGAUCCAAGGAGAGUCAAGAAUUGCCCAAGAUGGUAGCAAAAAACUCCUCUUUGAAGAAAUCCAAGUCGCUCAAGAAGCUCAAGUCCAAGUCGAGCAAAAAAAUGAGCAUGAGUGAUGACAUGUCAAUUGGGGAAGAAAAGGUAACUAAAAAAAUUUCCAAGCUCAGUAGCUCCAAGAAGAUAAAAAGUGCCGUGUCUCAAUUGAAGGUGGAGAAGAAAAUGAAAAAGCUGAAAUCAGAAAUGUUGCACAAGGGAGCGAGCGGCGUAACCAAAAUGAAAGAUAAGAAGGGCCCCAAGAAAUAUAAGUCGGCCACUGGAAAUGGGAACAGUAAAGUUGCAAAAGAAGGAGUGGGAAGCGAAUCCUUGCUGGAAAAGGAAUUAUUCAAAAUGAAGUCUUUUAAGGAUAAAUGGAACAACGAUUUUGUGACUCCAAGGAUAGGAGGCGUGGAUUCAUCCAAUAGUUUUUUUGCCCAUGACAAAUCGGAAAUGUCUAACGGUGAUGCGUCCGAUGAUAUUAUUCCCCACUCGGUUACCUCCCCUUCGGUGUCGUCCAAAAAGCUGCGAAAGAAGAAGAAAAUGAGCAAUCGCGCGAACGGAAUCGUGAGUAACCGCUCGAACGGAAUCAUGAGCAACCGCUUGAACGGAAUCGUGAGCAAUCGCGUAAAUGGCCCUAUCCGCACAGAUGACGCUCCCAAAAAGAGGGGAACCACCGCAAAGGCUAAAAAAGUUGCCGGGAGCUCCAGCAUCAAAUCCAUGGAGCAUAGAACUGUGAGCGACUUGGAGCAGAAAUCACAACCCCUCCCGGUCACACAUAAUGACAGCACGGCCACGAAUACAAGUGGCGAAGAAAGAAGAAACAGCGGAGAAGCAAGCGCAGGAAUGUUAAAACUGAGAAACGCUUCCCUGUUCAAUUUUAACCGAAUCAAAUCGGCGAACACGUUGAGGAAAUUAUCGGUCCAAGUGCAGUUAGAACCGCCUGUCACAGACGUACCAUCCCCAGGGGAACCCAAUUUGAAGGUAAACAAUUUAUGCUCGAAAAAGCCAGCAGUGGGCAGAAGGGCAAGUCGGAUGAUCACGCAAAAUACCAGUUGGAUGUUUGACAAAUGUUGUUCAGUGGGGAAUAGCAGUACUGACUAUGUCUACGAGAGAAAAGAACCCGCAGUUCAGAACUUCAGCUCCCUCUUUAACGUGAAUAAUAAGUAUAUGCCGCUAAGCACGAAUAUGCAAAUGGCUCUCCUGUCUGGCAACAGCGUAAAGCUGUCAAAUGUUUACGAGUCUGAUUUGCUGGGCAGGGGUGAGUGGGCGCUGAACAGGGAGGAGACUCUGCGUAGAUCGCUCGGCGGCAGCAAGGCCAGCGACUGGAGCCCCUUGCGCAGACCGGUGAGCGGGUUGAUAAGUAGGCCAUCGAGCAGGCCGAUGGGCGGGUUGAUGAACAGGCCGCCGAGCAGGCCGAUGAGCAGCCUGGACGAACGGAAUAGCCUCCCCUUGAGCUGCAAAAUGAAUUCUGGAUCAUACUCCAACAAAUCAGUCCUAAAUAAUAGCAGCCCCCUGGAGUUAAGAAGAAGGCCGUCCUGCAACACAACAAUGCAUUACUGCAGUUGUAUAUAG